CGUUUUGUCGUAGCAGAGGCCCGGGUGAAAGGAAGUGGUCCCACCGUGAACGAGUAGCCACCAAAUCGGGACAGCAAGAGUGAAUGGCAGUGGGGAUAUCCAACGAACGAUUUCAAGUCUUUAUAGCCCGUUCUAUCAAUUGAAAAAUAUACAUCAGAACUGAGGACCCAGCCACAAUCCCUGACACUUCCCAUUUGUGUCGAGGUCUGUUUCCCACUAAAUGUGGGGGAGCAUCUGGAGUUGAUUAAGAGAUAUUGUAUCAUGAAGCCCAGAUUAAGUGUUGUCUGCCCAUCCAGAAAUUCUCAGUUAUUACCUUGAACUUCUGAAAAGAAGGACAAUGAAAUGAGAUAAAGUGGACGACUGGAGGAGCCCAGCCCCCUCACCUCCACCUCUUUGAAGCAUGGCAGGCCUACAGCUUGUCACCCCUGCCACUUCACCCAUGGGGCCUUUCUUUGGUCUGCCAUGGCAGCAGGAGGCUAUCCAUGAUAACAUCUACACACCUAGGAAAUAUCAGGUAGAACUUCUUGAAGCAGCUCUUGAACAUAAUACUAUCGUCUGCUUGAAUACUGGCUCAGGGAAGACCUUUAUUGCAGUACUUCUAACGAAAGAGCUCUCCCACCAAAUCCGUGGACAUUACCAAGAAAAUGCGAAGAGGACUGUUUUUCUGGUGAACACAGUUGUGUCUGUAGUUCAGCAAGCAGCUGCAGUCAGGACUCACUCGGACCUCCAAGUGGGAGAGUACACAGAUCUGGAGGAGACCUCAGCAUGGACAGACCAGCGGUGGAGUCGAGAGAUCAUCGAGAAUCAGGUGCUGGUCAUGACUUGCCACAUAUUCCUGCACAUUCUGAGGAAGAAAAUCUUACCGUUGUCUAAAAUCAACUUGGUGGUUUUUGACGAUUGUCACCUGGCCAUCACAGACCACCCCUACUGUGAGAUAAUGAAGCUGUUUGAGGGCUGCUCAUGCAGUCCUCGUAUCCUGGGUCUCACAGCCUCCAUUCUGAAUGGAAAGUGUGACCCGUCAGAACUGGAGCACAAGAUCCAGAAUCUGGAGAGCAUCCUGAAGAGCAAUGCUGAAACUGCCACUGACCUUGUGGUCCUGGACAGAUACGCCUCUCAGCCAAGAGAAGUGGUGCUGGACUGCGGCCCCUACGUGGACAAGAGUGGCCUCUCUUCCUCUCUGCAGGUAGAGCUGGAUGAAGCUCUCCACUUCCUCAAUGACUGCAACGUAUCUUUUGCCAGAGAGGACCGUGAUCCCACGUACAUCUCCAAACAGGUCCUGAGUGACUGCCGGGCCGUGCUGCAGGUCCUGGGACCCUGGUGUGCAGACAAGGCCGCAGGCAUCAUGGUGCGGGAGCUCCAGAAGUACAUCAAACACGAGCAGGAGGAGCUCAACCGCAAGUUUCUGCUCUUCACCGACACCAUCCUGCGCAAAGUGCACGCCCUGUGCGAGGAGCACUUCUCGCCCGCCGCGCUGGACCUCAAGUUCGUCACCCCGAAGGUCCUGCGUCUGCUCGAGAUCCUGCACGAGUACAAGCCCUUCGAGCGCCAGCAGUUUGAAAGUGUGGAGUGGUACAACAACCGCAACCAGGACAACUACGUGUCCUGGAGCGACUCUGAGGACGAGGACGAGGACGAGGAGGUGGAGGCCAAAGAGAGGCCCGAGGCCAACUUCCCCUCGCCAUUCACCAACAUCCUGUGCGGGAUCAUCUUUGUGGAGAGGCGUUACACAGCCGUCGUCCUCAAUCGUCUGAUCAAAGAGGCAGGGAAGCAGGACCCAGAGCUGGCUUACAUCAGCAGCAACUUCAUCACCGGCCACAGCAUCGGCAAGAACCAGCCGCGGAAUAAGCAGAUGGAGGUGGAGUUCAGGAAACAAGAAGAGGUUCUCCGCAAAUUCCGGGCUCAUGAAACCAACCUGCUGAUCGCCACCAGCAUCGUGGAGGAAGGCGUUGAUAUCCCAAAGUGUAACCUGGUGGUGCGGUUUGACCUGCCCACGGAGUACAGGUCCUACGUCCAGUCCAAAGGCAGGGCGCGAGCUCCCGUCUCCAACUACAUCAUGCUAGCUGACAGCGAGAGGACCAAAACCUUCGAAGAAGACCUCACUACCUACAAGGCCAUUGAGAAGAUCUUAAGGAACAAGUGCUCCAAGUCGGUGGAGGUGAGUGAGUUUGAAGUGGAGCAGGUCCUGGACGAUGACAACGUCCUCCCACCCUACGUGCUCCGAUCUGAGGAUGGAGGUCCCCGGGUCACCAUCAACACAGCUAUCGGACACAUUAACAGGUAUUGUGCCCGGCUGCCCAGUGACCCGUUCACCCACUUGGCACCCAAGUGUAAAACUGCAGAGAGACAGGAUGACCGCUUCCAGUCAACGCUCUACUUGCCCAUCAACUCCCCUCUGCGAGUUCCUAUUAAGGGUCCUACGAUGAACUGUGCCAGACUGGCAGAGAAAGCAGUUGCACUAGUAUGCUGUGAGAAACUCCACAAGAUAGGUGAGCUGGACGAUCAUCUGAUGCCGGUGGGAAAGGAGACGGUGAAGUACGAGGAGGAGCUGGACCUUCACGAUGAGGAGGAGACCAGCGUUCCAGGCCGGCCCGGCUCUACCAAACGGAGGCAGUGCUACCCUAAAGCCAUACCAGAGUGUCUGCGGGACAGUUACGCUGUACCGGAGCAGACGUACUACCUAUAUGUGGUUGGGAUGGUCCUCACCACCCCUCUCCCUGAUGAACUCAACUUCCGCAGGAGGAAGCUCUACCCACCGGAGGACACCACCAGGUGCUUCGGCAUCCUGACUGCCAAACCCAUACCUCGAAUCCCCCAUUUCCCGGUGUACACUCGCUCGGGCGAGGUGACCAUCUCCAUCGAGCUGCAGAAGUCGGGCUUUGCGCUCACCACCGCCCAGCUGGACCUCAUCACCCGCCUGCACCAGUACAUCUUCUCCCACAUCCUCCGCCUGGAGAAACCUGCACUGGAGUUCAAGCCCACGCUGGCCGACUCGGCUUACUGCGUUCUACCUCUGAAUGUUGUUGGGGACUCCAGCACGCUAGAUAUGGACUUUGGGUUCAUGGAGGACAUUGAGAAGUCUGAGGCCCGCACUGGCAUUCCUACCACUCAGUACACCAAGCAGAACCCCUUCAUCUUCAAGCUGGAGGACUACCAGGACGCUGUCAUCAUUCCAAGGUAUCGCAACUUUGACCAGCCUCAUCGCUUCUACGUCGCUGAUGUGUACACAGACCUGACCCCGCUUAGUAAGUUUCCUUCACCAGAGUACGAGACAUUUGCCGAGUACUACAAAACCAAGUACAACCUGGACCUGUCCAACCUGAACCAGCCGCUUCUGGACGUAGACCACACCUCCUCCAGACUCAACCUGUUAACCCCGCGGCACCUGAACCAGAAGGGCAAAGCCCUGCCGCUCAGCAGCGCGGAGAAGAGGAAGGCCAAGUGGGAGAGUCUGCAGAACAAGCAGAUCCUGGUUCCGGAGCUGUGUGCCAUCCACCCCAUCCCUGCUUCCCUGUGGAGGAAAGCAGUGUGUCUGCCCAGCAUCCUCUACCGCCUCCACUGCCUUCUGACUGCCGAGGAGCUCAGAGCCCAGACAGCCACUGAAGCUGGAGUGGGAGCCCAGACCCUUCCCCCUGACUUCAGGUAUCCAAACCUGGACUUUGGCUGGAAGAGAUCCAUCGAUAGCAAAACGUUCAUCUCCUGUCCCGACUCCUGCAGUGAGGAUGGCGAGGGCGACUGCGAGCAUCAAGAGACUCUCAGCCCUGAGCGGGGGCCCCUCGAGCCCGGAGAAGCCACAUGCACGGGGAACCUAACCAACGGCACUGCCGUCGUCACCGACUGUGACGACGACGGCCGCCAAGACGAGCACCUUCACCAACGUGACAAUUGCCAACGCUCCCAGCCCAGCUCCCCUGGGCUGCCGAGUCCCGAAUCAAUACAAACCACUACCUCAGUUCCUGCGCAGCCCUCUCACAGCUUGAAGAAGCCCAGCUCCAGUCCUCCACAGCCUAGCGAUGAAUGUACACCAGGGAGGCCCUCAGACCAUGCAAAUAAAGCUACCUCAGUCUGCAGCCGGGCAGCCACGACUCCCAAUGCUCCCACAGCACCUUCUCCUCCCGAUCUGGACGCUGUCCCCCAGCACAGAGCCCAGACGGGAGACUCCCCCAAAAGCCUGGGGCCCAACCCGGGCCUCAUCCUGCAGGCCUUGACCCUAUCCAACGCCAGCGACGGUUUCAACCUGGAGCGGCUGGAGAUGCUCGGAGACUCUUUCCUCAAGCAUGCCAUCACCACAUACCUGUUCUGUACCUACCCCGACGCUCACGAAGGACGACUUAGCUACAUGCGGAGCAAGAAGGUGAGCAACUGUAACCUGUACCGGCUGGGGAAGAAGAAAGGGCUCCCCAGCAGGAUGGUGGUGUCCAUCUUCGACCCCCCUGUUAACUGGCUGCCCCCUGGCUACGUGGUCAACCAGGACAAGAGCAGCACAGACAAACUGGAUUCAGAGGAGGCCAAAGAGGAGCUUCUGGCCAACGGGCAGUCUGGAAACGACUCCGAUGAGGACGACGAGGAGGAGGGUGAGGAGGCGGAUGAGGACAGUGAGCUGAUGCUGAAGGAAGAGCCAAAGGAUGAAGUCAACAUGGAGGACGAUCUGGAGUAUUACAAGGAGCACAUCAAGUUCAUAGACAACAUGUUGUUGGGAUCCGGCGCGUUUGGUAAGAAGAUCUCCCUGAGCGGCUUCCCUCCCUCUCUCGCCCCGGCCGCCGCUUCCUCCCCCGCCAUGGAGUCUCCAUACGAGUGGAAGCCCCCCAAGAAGUCCCCCCAUCCCACCGCCGCCCACUACCCCGCGGAGCCGGCACCCAGCGGGCCCUCCGCCGAGGAGUUUGACUACAGCUCGUGGGACGCCAUGUGCUACCUGGAUCCCAGCAAGGCCGGGGAGGAGGAUGACUUCGUGGUGGGCUUUUGGAAUCCGUCUGAGGAAAAUUGCGGCGCGGAGCUCGGCAAGCAGUCGAUCUCCUACGACCUGCACACGGAGCAGUGCAUCGCUGACAAGAGCAUUGCCGACUGCGUGGAGGCCCUGCUGGGCUGCUACUUGACCAGCUGUGGCGAGCGAGCGGCCCAGAUGUUUCUCUGCUCGCUGGGCCUCAAGGUGUUACCGUUGGAGAGAGGGGCCCUGACCGGAGCAGUGGUGCAGAGCUGUCGGAUCACCACCAUCGACCUGUGCUACGGCUGGCUGAAGAUCCCGCCGCGCUGCCUGCUGGACCAUCCAGACGCAGAGCGAACUCUCAACCACCUCAUCUCUGGCUUCGAGAACUUUGAAAAAAAGAUCAACUACACAUUUCAGAACAAGGCUUACCUUCUGCAAGCCUUCACCCACGCUUCCUACCAUUACAACACCAUCACAGAUUGUUACCAGCGGCUGGAGUUCCUCGGCGAUGCAAUUCUAGACUACCUCAUAACAAAGCACCUUUAUGAAGACCCGCGGCAGCACUCUCCCGGCGUGCUGACCGACCUGCGCUCGGCACUCGUCAACAACACCAUCUUUGCCUCUCUGGCCGUCAAGUACGACUACCACAAGUACUUCAAGGCCAUCUCGCCCGAGCUUUUCCACGUCAUCGACGACUUUGUGCAGUUUCAGCUGGAGAAGAACGAGAUGCAAGGCAUGGACUCCGAACUGCGGCGCUCUGAAGAAGACGAGGAGAAGGAGGAGGACAUCGAGGUCCCUAAGGCCAUGGGGGACAUCUUUGAGUCGCUAGCCGGAGCAAUUUACAUGGACAGCAGAAUGUCACUGGAGACGGUGUGGCAAGUGUAUUAUCCCAUGAUGAGGCCACUUAUAGAGAAAUUCUCUGCCAAUGUGCCACGCUCUCCUGUGAGGGAGCUGCUGGAGAUGGAACCAGAAACUGCCAAGUUCAGCCCUGCAGAGAGAACGUACGACGGGAAGGUCCGGGUGACGGUGGAGGUCGUCGGUAAGGGCAAGUUUAAAGGAGUCGGCCGCAGCUACCGGAUCGCCAAGUCGGCGGCGGCGCGGCGAGCGCUGCGCAGCCUCAAAGCCAAUCAACCUCAGGUCCAAAACAACUGAGCUCCUUCCUUCCAAGCUCUCAGCAUUAGCACCUAAAGCUACUGACGCUAAUGGAGGGAAAAGAAGAAGAAGAAGAGAAAAAAAAAAAAACGACAUCGGGCUUCACAGCAAAGCGCGGCGCUCGCCUGCGACGGCACAUCCAAGGCUGCCAGGGAACACGGUGUGGAGACGCAACAAGAGAAGCAGACUGAUCUCACAACAGAUUUCACAUCAGAUCUUUUUUUAUUUUAUUUUUUUUUGCGCAAACACAAUCUUUGCUUUCCCUCUCUGCUUUGUGUAAUCACAUGAGUUCUUUAUUAACGUUUAGCAAAGUAUAAAAAAAAG